AUGUUGAGAUUCCUGCUUCAAUGUCUUGAGGAUCUUGAUGCCAAUCUACGGAAACUGAAUUCACGUUUGUUUGUUAUUCGUGGACAGCCAGCAGAUGUUUUCCCCAGACUUUUUAAGGAAUGGAAUAUUGCUAAACUUUCUAUUGAAUAUGAUUCUGAACCAUUUGGGAAGGAACGAGAUGCAGCAAUUAAGAAGCUGGCUAGUGAAGCUGGAGUGGAGGUCAUUGUUCGAAUUUCCCAUACAUUAUAUGACCUAGACAAAAUAAUAGAAUUAAAUGGAGGACAGCCUCCUCUUACUUACAAACGAUUCCAGACCCUAAUUAGUAGAAUGGAACCACUGGAGAUGCCAGUGGAGACUAUAACCCCAGAAGUAAUGGAAAAAUGUACUACUCCAGUUUCUGAUGACCAUGAUGAGAAAUACGGUGUUCCAUCACUUGAAGAGCUAGGUUUUGACACAGAUGGUCUGCCUUCUGCAGUAUGGCCAGGAGGAGAAACAGAAGCUCUCACACGAUUGGAAAGACAUUUAGAACGAAAGGCUUGGGUAGCAAACUUUGAAAGACCACGAAUGAAUGCAAAUUCCCUUCUGGCAAGCCCUACAGGGCUUAGUCCCUACCUCCGCUUUGGCUGUUUGUCCUGUCGUCUCUUUUAUUUCAAGUUAACAGAUCUGUACAAAAAGGUAAAAAAGAACAGCUCCCCUCCCCUCUCCCUCUAUGGCCAGCUGUUAUGGCGUGAAUUUUUCUACACAGCGGCAACUAACAAUCCACGGUUUGAUAAAAUGGAGGGGAAUCCUAUCUGUGUUCAAAUUCCAUGGGAUAAGAAUCCCGAGGCUUUGGCCAAGUGGGCAGAAGGCAGGACAGGUUUUCCUUGGAUUGAUGCAAUUAUGACCCAGCUUCGUCAAGAAGGUUGGAUUCACCAUUUAGCCCGGCAUGCUGUAGCAUGCUUUUUGACUCGAGGUGACCUCUGGAUUAGCUGGGAAGAAGGAAUGAAGGUCUUUGAAGAGCUCUUACUUGAUGCAGAUUGGAGUGUGAAUGCUGGAAGCUGGAUGUGGCUAUCCUGUAGUUCCUUCUUUCAGCAGUUUUUUCACUGCUACUGUCCAGUGGGUUUUGGCAGAAGAACUGACCCAAAUGGGGAUUAUAUCAGACGUUAUUUGCCAGCACUUAGAGGUUUCCCUGCAAAAUACAUCUAUGAUCCUUGGAAUGCCCCAGAGAGCGUCCAGAAGGCUGCAAAAUGUAUUAUAGGAGUUAAUUAUCCCAAACCAAUGGUAAAUCAUGCAGAGGCGAGCCGUCUGAAUAUUGAGAGGAUGAAACAAAUCUACCAGCAGCUUUCACGAUACAGAGGACUGGGUCUUCUUGCAACAGUGCCUUCUAAUCCAAAUGGAAAUGGAAAUGGUGGCUUAAUGGGCUAUUCACCAGGAGAAAGCAUUUCUGGUUGUGGUAGUACAGGAGGAGCUCAGCUGGGAACUGGUGAUGGUCAUACAGUUGUUCAGCCAUGUGCCCUGGGAGACUCCCAUAUAGGAGCAAGUGGAAUUCAGCAGCAAGGUUACUGUCAAGCAAGUAGUAUCUUACACUAUGCUCAUGGAGACAAUCAGCAAUCACACUUAUUGCAAGCAGGAAGAACGGCCCUUGGUACUGGCAUUAGUGCAGGGAAACGCCCAAAUCCAGAAGAAGAAACUCAGAGCGUUGGACCAAAAGUCCAGCGACAGAGCACAAAUUAAACUGCAAUAUUGGAAGAGAAG